ACACACACACACACACACACACACACACACACCUGUGAAAGGAGAACUCCUUCUUUCCUUCUCUCCUCACUCCUCCUUCCCCUCUUUGCUGCCCCGUCCUCCUCUUUCCUGUGCUUUCUGGACCUUGUCUGAUCACCUCCUCUUUCAGAUAUAGGCUGAUUCAGUCCUGAAAGAACAUUGUGAAUUACAAGACAGGUCUGCCCUGGCAUGGCAUUGCUGGUGCCCCUUAGAGCUGGCAGCCUUCAGAUAAGGUGCAAUGCGAUAGGGGGUGCUGGUCAGCGGUCUGGCAAGGUAAUAAUAGCUCUGCCGGAAGUGCUGGGGUUCCAAGUGUGGAGGAAGUUGAUGUAAAAGAUCAUGGGUGUAGUUGAAAUUCCUGCUUUAGUUUCGGGCGGUUUGCCCUAUGGCUGGCUGUGUUGUAAGUGCCUCGAGCCCUAGGAAGAAGGGAUCCAUACCUUCAGACUAUGCUUUUCUCCUCUCCAGUAUUACUUGUGUUUCUCUUCCUCUGCCUUUGCACUUUCUGAUUUUCAAGGAAUUAUUUCUGUAAUUCCUGUAGCCCUUGUAGUUGCUGCUACCCUUAUCUCUGUUUCCCAGAGUUACCUGAGAGCUGUUAGACGGACGACAUCUUGGAUCUUCUCCCUGGGGCAGCCGCCAUGUCCUCCAGUGUGACGACUCAGAAGGGGCUGGUGGUGCUGGUGUCCUUUGCGACGCUUUCCUGGAUCGUGUUGACAAUUUCUCGAAACUCUACAAAGGCAUGGUCCACCGUGAAAUUACACUUCUCUUCACCUCAGUGGGAGACUCUAGUGAGGCCCUCAGUCCCCACAGCCCCAGGGAGCCCCGUGAGGUCACCCACAGAGACAGAGCUGAGAAUAAAGGGGCUCGUGGAGAGGCUGGACCGGCUCUUCCCGCCCAGACCCUUCAGCCACCUGAACGCCACCACCAGCGCCGCCCAGAGCAGAGCCACCAUCCUCAACCCCCGGGGCACGCACUGCAGGGGGGAGCAGCUGCACGUGCUGCUGGAGGCCAGGGACCACCUGGGCCGCAGGAAGGAGUAUGGGGGGGACUUCCUGAGGGCCCGCCUGGCGUCCCCGGGCCUGAAGGCCGGGGCGGCGGGCAGGGUGACGGACCUGCAGAACGGCUCCUACCUGGUGAGCUUCAGCCUGCCGUGGCAGGGCCGCGCGUGGCUGUCCGUGCGGCUGGUGCACCCCAGCGAGGGGGCCUCGGCCCUGUGGAGGGCCAGGAACCGGGGCUACGACAAGAUCACCUUCCAGGGCCAGUUUGUCAAUGGCUCCAGGCACGUGUUCACCGAGUGCGGCCUGAGGCUGAACUCCACUGCCGAGCUGUGCGAGUACCUGGAAGCUCGGGACCAGGAAGCCUUCUACUGCGUGAAGCCCCCGCACUUUCCCUGCGACGCCUUCGCCAACAUGUUUACCAAGAAUCACAUGUCCUACCUGACUGUCCAGGAACAAAGUCUCUUCCAAAGGUCCAAUGUGGGCGUGGAAAUGAUCAACGGCCUGAAGUAUGUCGACGUCUCCCGGUGUAACCAGACCGAAGAGACACAAAAAGAGAGAUGCCGGACUGGAAUGCAGGUCCCUGUGCCUGGCGGUUACACUCUCCAGGGAAAGUGGACUCCCUCGUUCUGCAGCCAGACACAGUUUGACGUGGCCAAGGCGACCGCCUGCUUGAAAGGGAAGCUCGUCUACCUCCUGGGAGACUCCACCCUGAGACAGUGGAUCUACUACUUCCCCAAACUUGUCAAAACACUGAAGCUAUUGGGCCUUCAUGGAAGCGGAAUCUUACAGCAUCAUCUGCUUACAGAUGCAGAAAACAACAUUCAGAUACACUGGAAAAGACACACUUAUCCCUUUGUCACUCUUCAUCUCUACUCUGUGAUAGACGUGGCUUAUAUCCCUCGGGAAAUUGACCGGAUACCGGGUGACAAGGACACGGUGGUUGCCAUCACGCUGGGCCUGCACUUCCGGGCCUUCCCAGUGGAAGUGUUCAUCCGCAGGGUCCUCGGUGUCCGGAAGGCUAUUGAACGGCUGUUCCUCAGGAGCCCGGACACGAAGGUGAUCCUGAAGACAGAAAACACCCGGGAGAUGCACACAGACUCAGAGAGGCUUGGCAACUUCCACGGUCACGUUCACCUUCUCAUCCUGAAGGAUGUUUUCAAAGACCUCAACGUGGGACUGAUCGAUGCCUGGGACAUGAGCAUUGCGUAUGACACCAACAAUCUCCACCCACACAACACUGUGGUUGGCAAUCAGAUUAACUUGUUCUUAAAUUACAUUUGCUAAGGUACAACUGGACAGGUUAGGGACUCAUAUCAGCAAACAGCUCUACUGCUGUUCUCAACAGAAUUUCCUGCGGGAGACUUAAGAAACCAAAGGGUGAAUGAAUCUGCCUUGGUUAAGAAAACACUUGAGAACAAAGAAACCUGACUAUCUGCAUAAUAAACAGUUUUACUCCCCACAGGAGUGCAGGUCAAGUUCUCUGUAAGCAGGGGCUAAGACCUCCUGAUACUUUAUACUGAGUAAGGUUAAAAGAAAUAAGCAUGUCGUCAUCAUCCAAAACAGUGGUCCCCUCACUCUGAAAAGGGAUACACAGGUGGAGGCCAGCAUAGGUCAUUCAUGUCUGUGACCCACACUCAGCUCCACCACUGCAGACGGAGAACAGCCAGAGGAUAUCCGGAUGGGUAAGAAGAGCUUGCAUCCAACCCCUCAUGUAUUGAGGCUGUAAUCAAGACAUGCUAGCUUUUCUUAGGUAUCAAGAAAUAAGAUUGCUAUUUUCACCCAGCCAGUUGAAAGUGCAAAACAUAAUUCAUAGAGCACAGCUUCGAGUAGAGAACCAAAAAAAAAAAAAAAAAAAAAAAAGCAGACCGCCUCUAAUAGCCAGUAUUCACAACAACAAACAUAAACUGAAAUGCAAAAAUUUCAUAGAACUGAAUAUAAAUAUCUAAGCAUGUGGUGACAGCUAGUGACAAACAACAAUCACAAUUCUAGUAACUGGAGACAUGCCUACCAGGAAGAUGUGACACACAUCAAUGAGUGACACAUUUCUACUCUCCAUAUGCAAGGUACAAGACUAACCAGGUAUAGCACUACAUGUGAAAAAAAGAAACCACACUUGUUCUUAUUUCAUCACUUCCUUAGAGAUUAAACUAACUGGAUAUGUA